UCUGUAUACUGUAUAACACUAUUGAACACUAUAUGAAGUUUCGCCGUUGCUUUACGUAAAAAGAGAAAAAAGUAUUUCGACGACGUAUCUUUUAUCAUCGCAAGUUUAUAUUUUUCGACCAAAUAAUCCAUCAGGAAAUAUUUUGUUUUAAUAAUUUUUCAUUGACAGUUUGACAAAAGAUUCUAAUUUUAUUGUUUCCCAGAAGGCGGGGUUAUUUUAUGCAGAAACAGUGCCAGAUAACCAGAUAACCUCUGGUUUUCUUCGAGUUAAUAAUGUUGAUAAAUACUCGAAUUUGACAUGUUACACGAUAACGUACAAGUAUCGGUACAUGAAAUUAUGUGUGAACACCUUUUUAAUCGUGAUUACAAGCGCAAAAUGCAAUUUUGGGCUGUAUCUGUAAUGUGAUCUCCCGUAAAGUAAUUUAAAGUGAUUUCAAGAAAAUGACAACUGAUCAGAGUGGACACGAUCAUUCCCUUGCGAUUAGACAAGAAAUACAACGUUUUGAGAGUGUUCAUCCAUCCAUAUAUGCUAUUUAUGAUUUGAUAGACCUCGUAUCUGACGCACACGUUGCGAAACAGAUUCGUGAACAUGUUGUUGCAAUCGAAGAUUCCUUCGUUAAUAGUCAUGAAUGGACAUUGGCUAGAGACGUUCCAGAAUUACAUUUAGGAAUCAUUGGUUCAUCUGAUUCAGGAAAAUCUGCUUUAGUUCAUAGAUAUCUGACUGGUUCGUUUAUGCAUGAAGAAUCUCCAGAGGGUGGUCGUUUUAAAAAGGAAGUCUUCAUUAAUGAUCAAAGUUAUCUCUUACUAAUUAGAGACGAGGGUGGAGUACCGGAAUCACAAUUCUCUGCUUGGAUAGAUGCUUUAUUACUCGUGUUUAGUUUAGAGAGUGAAGAAAGUUUCUCAAUAGUUUGCAGUUUCUAUAAUAGGAUGUGUUCGUUUCGAAAUAUGUCAGAAGUACCAAAAAUACUUGUAGGAGUACAAGAUUCAAUUAAUGAUUCUAAUCCCAGAGUUAUAAAAGAUGUUAGACCACGAAAAUUGGCAUGCGAUUUAAGAUGUCCUUAUUAUGAAACAUGUGCUAUUUAUGGUUUAAAUGUUGAAAGAGUAUUUCAAGAUGUGUGUCAAAAAAUUAUACAACAUAUAUCUGCAAAGCAUUAUCGAUGUAAUGGACAACAAGCAACCGAUAAUGAAAUUAAAUAUCCUGUUCCAAUGAUUGCAAAAAACGUACAGCUCCUUCCCAAAGACAUGGAAGCAACAAAUUCAUCAAAACUGAAUACAUCUGAUAAAGAAGAAGAUGCACGAUCUCUUCAUAGUAGUUCAACUCAAAAUGAAUCUGGAACAAUAAGUGAUAAUUUUCAUAAUGCACAGAAUCAGCAUGGGGAUCUUAGGUCUUCAAUUUUAACUCCAACUACUAUCAGGAAAUUUCGAAGAAAAUCUAAUAUUUUUACUCCAUCUAAAAAAGAAAAAUAUAAUAUGGGUGAAAUGGGGGUUGGUAGAGAAAUACCUGUGAAGCAAGGAUACUUAUUUAAACGCAGUAGCAAAUCUUUAAAAGAGUGGAAAAAGAAAUAUGUUACAUUGCUGGAAGAUGGUCGAUUAACUUAUCACUCCAGUUUACAUGAUUAUAUGAACGAUGCUAAUGGAAAGGAAAUAUUAUUACAAUACGUGACUGUGAAAGUGCCUGGAAAAACACCUAAGGGUUCCAAAUCAUCCAAUGCUCAAGAGGAUAGCUUCGAAUUUUCUAUUAUUUCAUUAGAAAAUAAGACUUGGCAUUUUGAAGCAAAUAAUGCUGAAGAUAGAGACAGCUGGAUUUCUGCUAUAGAACAACAAAUAUUGUCAAGUUUGCAGAAUAGUGACGGGGACAAGAAGAACGAAACUGAUGCUUUCAAAAUGCAUUGUAUAAAAAAUAAAGUAUCGGGAAAUGACGCGUGUGUAGAUUGCGGUGCACCUAAUCCAGAUUGGGCUAGUCUAAACUUAGGUGUAUUAAUGUGUAUUGAGUGCUCAGGAAUACACAGAAAUUUAGGUUCACACAUAUCGAAAGUUAGAUCACUGGAUUUAGAUGAUUGGUCCGCAGGUCAAUUAAGUGUAAUGUUAGCCCUUGGUAAUGAUAUAGCAAAUAGUGUUUGGGAAUAUUGCUUAAAUGGAAAACAGAAACCAAAUUCAGAUUCUCCUAGAGAAGAAAAGGAGCAAUGGAUCAGAUGGAAAUAUGAAGAUAAAAUCUUUUUACCGCCAAUUAACCCAAACAUUUCUUUAGGAAAAUUGCUUAUUGAUUCAGUUUGUCGUGGCGAUAUGAGAGCGUUUACAUUAUGCUUGGCCAGAUGUAGUUACGAAGAUAUUAAUAUGUCUGUCAGUAUGGAAGAUUUGAGGACGCCUCUUCACUUGGCUUGUGCCACAGGGAACUUAGCUAUGGCACAACUUUUAAUAUGGCAUAAAGCAAAUCCACAUAACUUAGACCAUGAAGGACGUACGUGUAUGUCAUAUGUACGAGCACUCGAAAGAACGCUUGAUAAUUCAACGGAUUCUAUGGAAAUGCAGAAGCUUCUUGAAGUACUCGAACAAGCUACUGUUUCUGGAGUAGAUGACGUAGAAUCGUCUCAGUAUUAAAACUGUUUAUGUUAUGUACUUAUUGCAUGCAAAGCCAUGCUUUAAUUAAUGGCUUAGAGUUGAUAUAACUUUUAUUAAUUAACGGUACUGAUACUCAGAAAAGCAACCAAAGUAUGUUAAAUGAAUUUGAAACACAAAACGGUCUAUUUCCAUAAAAUAGCACUCUGUAUUGUGUUAAAAAAGAUUUACAUUGUGUAUAACAGUCUGUCUCCUUUUAAAUGUUGGCUAUAAAUUUCGUGAGAAAUUUAACCACGUAUUUUAAUAAAUAUAACAUACUUUGCAUAUAUAUUUGUACAUUCAAAAAUAGUUUGAAUUAAAAAUAUAAUUCGUAUUAUUAUAAAUAUAUAUAUAUUUAACGAGGUUUAGGUCAGUGAAAGUAAUGUCUAAUAGUAAAUUGGAGUGUACAUUAUCAAUGACUGAGAGUACAAACACUCAUAAAUCUAGUUAUAUUUAUACACAGAAUACAUUUAGUGUAUUUGAAAAAUGCUUUUAUAAUUUUUAUUUUAUUAAUUAUGAAUUAAAUGUAUGAUUACCUCGCAA